AUGCGUCUAUACGCGACCAUAUCAACUGCGGCCCUGAUGCUGGCCUCAGUACCGACAUCAACCGCCUCAUUCUGUGGCGCUGUCAAGAUCAGUCAGCUCAGCGUCGAUGGCCGUACUGACGCGCCUCUCGGUCUCGGCAAUCCUCGCCCUACUCUCGCAUGGCAGAUGAUACAAACUCGAGACUGUCCCGAGUCUGAUGACAUAUGCCCGGCCGACCGACGAACAGCCUACGAGAUACAGGCGACCGCCACCGAUGACGACCUACAGGCCGGCCACCUCAUCUGGAAGAGUGGGAAGACUGAAGGCAACGAGCAAAAUGUGCUGUUCGGCAUCAACCUCACCUCCCGCGAUACGUCUGACUGGGACCGAGCCCGUUGGAUCGACUAUCCUGGCCGGAAUAAUAGCCAGCCACUGCCACUCUUUGUCCGCCCCUUCGACAUUCCCAGCGGCAAAGUUGUCGCUGAUGCCCGUCUGUACAUCUCAGGAGUUUGCAUGCACCACGCUACCGUCAAUGGCGAGGAUGCCACGGACGAGGUCCUGGCCCCUGGCUACUCCAACUACCAACUCUCCAGCGACUACCGCACCUACGAUGUCAUGAACGCUCUGAGGCCCAGCCCCAAUGCUGUUGGCGUCAGCUUGGGCAACGGACCGGUUUACGUUCGUCGCAAUGUUCGAAACCCGGCUGUUGGACGCAACGCCCCCUAUUCUUGGUGGGAAAGCCAACUCAUGGGCAACGGCACUCUUUCUGCCGAUGUCACAACGGGAAGCAGCAAUGUUCGAUUGAGUUCUGUCGCUAGGUACAACAUUGGCGGUUCAAUCAAUAUUGAUACAAGCGACGGUGAACAACUUGGCUGGGACAAGCCAGGAACCGAUCUCAAGCCGUCCGCUUGGACAUCGGCUGGCAUCGCACCUGCUCCCAACCUCGCCACCAAACUGGUUGCCCGUGCCGCCGAGCUGAUCAAGGAACAGGAACGCUUCACCCCGGUCUCGGUCACCAGCCCCGUCCCUGGUAUCUGGGUGUUUGACUUUGGCCAGAACAUUGUUGGCUGGCCCCUCAUCACUCUCCCUGAGCUGCCCGCCGGCGUCACGAUCAAGGUCGCACCUGCGGAGGGCCUCAACGCCAACGGAACGGUCAACCAGGCAAGUCUAGGCCCCGGGCCUCGUGGCAGCGAUUUGUUCAACGCCUAUACUACAGCUGGUCGGGCUGGCGGCGAAACGUGGCACCCCCGGCUCAACUAUUUUGGCAUGCAAUGGGUCCAGGUGAUCGGUCUGCCUUCGGGCUUUGAGCCCGGCCCAGAGCUGGUCACCGGCAUUCGGCUGCAGGCCGAUGUUCCCAUUGCCGGUACUUUCACCUCCUCCAAUGCUCGCCUGAACCGCAUCAACAAAAUGGCCCACUACUCUUUCGCCAGCAAUCUUAUGUCUGUCUUCACCGAUUGUCCCGGGCGCGAGAAGCUUUCGUAUCCCGUAGAUUACACCAUGCCCAUGGGGGCCAUCUACCGCAAUUUCCACGUUGAUGGCAUGCUGCGCACUUCUAUGCGUCAUCUCGGCGAAGGCCAGUCCGUCGCCGACACGCCCAUGGCAGGUAACGUCGCUCUCAAAACACCCGUCUACGACUGGGGCUACAGCGGACGCUUUGGUGAUGAGAUCAAUUGGGGCAAUGCCAUUGUAUUUGUUCCCUCCUUUCUCCACGACUUGUAUGAUGACACAACUGUCGGUCAGAUCUCCCACACGGGCGACAGUCUUGUCAAUACUAAAAUUCUCCCCUUUGAUAUGUCGGCUAUGGAGUAUUUCUUCUCAGACGACCCGAAUCUGGUGCUCUUGCGGUGA